AUGGCAGCAGUGAAAACCCCCAGCCAAGAACUACAGAAUGCAGAGGAGCCGCUCAGUGACAUUUCGCCCCUCCUGUUGAAGAGCCUCGUGGAGGAGCCCAAGAGGAGGAGAGACGUGCCCAACCACCUGCUGCAAUCCAAGGUCUAUGAAAACAUUCUGAGUAAUAAGGUUGUGCAAGCAAAGCCUGGCAUACUGCAUUUUGGAGGCUACCAAAUAGGAAAGCAACACCAGCAGAUUGUGCAACUGAUCAAUAUUUCCAAUGAGGACAUACAUGUUCAUAUUUUACCCCCACAAACCAAAUACUUUCAGAUCAAGUAUAUGAAGAAGGAGCACCGCCUUGUCCCUGGCUUGUCCCUCUCCAUCACCAUCACGUUUUCUCCAGAUGAGUGGCGAUACUAUUACGAUUGCAUCCGUGUUCACUGUAAGGGUGAUGACACUUUGCUUAUUCCCGUCCAUGCCUAUCCUGUCAUGAACACACUGGAUUUUCCCUCAUAUAUAAACCUAUCAAAUGUUCUACUUGGUGAAAGCAAAAGAUACGUUAUUCCUUUGCAGUGCAGCUGCCCUGUAGAUUUUGAGUUCCGGAUAGAUAUGAUUCGGUCUCAUCCGGCCUUUACGAUUGAGCCAAUGUCAGGGAUAAUCCCAGCUAAUGGGAAGACGAACGUGACUGUCAAGUUUACGCCCUUUCAGUACGGCAUGGCACAAGUAAGAAUGCAGUUGAGGAUUUCCCAGUUCAACUCUGAGCCCUACGAGUGUGUCUUCACCGGAACUUGCUAUCCCAACAUGGCUUUAAAAUUAGAAGAAUUUGAAAGAUUAAAUAUUCUUUCUAAGAAAAUAGACGUUCCUGCAGAGAAGUCAAUGACACGGAUAAAUUUUCACCGACAGCCAGCGAAGAUAAAACCUCCAAAGGUUAAGGAAAUUGAAUAUCAUAACUUGAGAUUUCCAGUAGAUUUAUCAAAUCCAUUUGCUGUGGCAACUGUUUUAAACCAAGAACCAGGAAAACUGAAAAUUAAAGAAUUAAGAGAAGUUUUGGACCAAGGCAAUGAGGUUUCAAAAACAAGACAGAUGAAGGAAGCACUUUUUGAACAGAAAGUCAGACAGGACACUCAUGAAGAGAUUGAAAAUCAUCUUAAAUGGCAGGUGCACCUUGGUAAAGAUCACAUGGCUUUUAAAUUUAUAAAAGACCUUGCUGAUGAGCAGCAAAGAACAAACGAAAAAUACAAGCAAGAUAGAGGAGAUCCUGUCUUGGAAGAGGAAUUUCAGCGACUGAAGACGGAGAUUAACCAGAAGCGGGUUGUUCACAAUCUGGAUGAAAAAAUCAAGGAUUUUGAACCAGAUUUUGAUCCACUUAUCAAUAAUACUUGGGUCAGCAGGUUCAGGGCACAGAGACGGUUUCAGCAAGCAGCACGCAAGAUCAUGGUUCACCGACGAUUACUUAACAUGCUGGACAUCAUGCGUACCAUGGAUAGAGAGACCUUACUGAAGAGGUUCAGGCAUAACAGACAGUCCAUAGCACAUGACAAGACUGUCUCCAAAUUCUUUCUGCUGUCCAGUCAAGACAAUCAUCUCAGCCCAGUCUCUGUGUCACCCAAGCACGUGCUGCCCUUCGCCUUCCCCUCCUACAGUCCUCCCCAGGGCUUCGAUGAGCUGGAUCCUCUCGGCCUUGGACCUGUCCCAAUUAAACCUUUAGACGUCCAAGUCAAGCACCAUCAUUCCUUCUUCAACCUGCAGGUUCCUCAAAUGUACAAAAUGAGGGGGUACCAGCCAUUCUCUGUCCAGAUGUCUUCAACAAGUUACAGGCCUCAAAAGCUUGCUCGGCCCCUGAAGCAAGGAGCUGAGGAUGAAGCCACCACUGUGAUAGCCCUGCCAAAGCAGGACGUCACCCCUCAGUCCCCUGGCAAGAUCUCCAUCUUGAACAUGAAACCACCCGAGGCCUUAGUUGCGUCUCCAGAUUACGACCCACUUUACAUCUUUAAUCCCAACCCAGGAUUGUUUGCUGUGAUGCACCCUCUGACCUACACAGAAACCUCGAUGGAUUACCAUCUGUGUACUCACCCCAAGUACAAGUACACCAAGGCGUCCCACGUUGGGUCCAGCAUUCCUGUCACCCAGAAACAGUUUCUCCAUCACACGGACAUUAUACCCGGAGUAAUGCACUGGAAGAAAUUCCAGCCCCAUGUCCUCUCAUCUCUGCCCGACACCUUCAAAACAGAGACAACAUCGAGCUGUGACUCCCUCAAUUCAGUCAUGCUUCCUAUAGAAGUCCCUGCGAUUCUCAGCGCCUUACCAGAAGAGGACAGACUGGAUACGGUGGAACGUGAACAGAAUAUGGAAAUUAUGUUGACUCCAGAAAUGAUCGAAGUGGAAUUCUCUAUGUUGGACCACAGGGACAGCAAAAAGGAGAAAGAGGUGAGAGACCAGGCACAACCAGCAGAGAAGACAGCAGAAAAAGUGCUGGAGGAGAUGAAAAAUGUGCGGGCCAAAGCUUUCAACCCGAACCUGAUUCUAGAAUGA